GCGCCAAAUCCACAGCUUUGGACUGAUCAUAUCAACUAGACGUGGCAAAUGGAUUGGAUUCAUGGAUUGAUUGGUGGAUUUAUGGAUCAAAUGGAUUGGAUUUAAAUGGUUUGGAUUAGGUGGAUUGGAUUGAAAAUUGCCACCUCUAAUAUCAACUAUUGUCUCACAAGUGAAUGCAUCAAUGUUCUUCUACAACUACGCGAUAGAUGAUACAUAUGGCUAGUCGGGAAAGUUAAUCUGCUAACUUGAAAAUUCGUCAGCUGAUACUAACUUGUUUGAGCCCGGGCGACUGGGCGUCACUCGGGUCCAAGGGGUUUGGGGUGUCAGCCAUGACCUUGAAAGGGUAGGCGCCCCGCCUCGUCCGAAAUAAGAGAAGAGGAAGUGUAUAGAGAGAGAAAGUAGAGAGAAGUAGUAGUAAGUGUAGAUGGAUUAUCAUUUAUGAGGAGAGAACUCCUAUUUAUACACAUUUGAGGGGUAGGUAGUGGUCUGGGCGCCUGCCAAGCCAUAAAUGCUCUGGUCGGGCGCCUCAGACUCUCUGACACUGUUCAUAGUCCUUUUGGCAGAGGGUGUCCCCCUGCCCCUUGUCCUUGCUGAUGUAAGGUGCCUGGGUUUGUCUCUUGUCCCCCAGCCUUGUCUUUUUCCUCUUGUCUUCUUUCCUUCUCCAUGUCAUUAGCCAUGGUAUUAAUCCCUUGAUUACUAUGAUACCCUAUCAAUUGCCCCUUUUGGCGAUGGCGCAAGCAGUGUGGCAUCGGCAAACAAGUAUGUUCUAAGAAGGUCUAAAAAAUAAAGCUGAAAUGAAGGUCAAAAAGAAAAAUGAAAAAUAAAAAAUAAAAGAUGAAAAUAAAAAUGAAAAUAAAAAUAAAAAUAAAAAUGAGCAUAGGAAAGAAUUAAACAGAGUAUCCAUACAAAAUAUAAAUGAAGAAUGCGAGUGCGCAAAUACCCAUUCGCAAGGAUAACGCCUCUGAAAUCAUGGAGGUUUUUAAAAAAGUUUUAGGGGAGGAUGUGAAGGCGCUACCCCAAAUAGACUACUUGUGGUGGCAGUGGGCUAAACCCACCACCAGGCUUAGGAUAGGCAAAUUUGAGAGGGGGUGGAUGGGUUGGGCUUUAGAGAAUGGCCUGCAUUGAGGAGCGCGCUCUCUCUCCCCCACCCCCUAUUUAAACUCUUCUUCGCCACUAUUCAUUUUUUUUUUCAUUCGGCCGCCCUCUCUCCUCUCCUUCUUUCGCUGUUGCUUGCUUUCCCCGGCGCCUCUUCCCCCUUUCCGCCGGCGCCUCGCUUCUUUUAGUUAGGCGCCUCGCUCUUUUCAGCUUGGCGCCUUCUGCUCUUGGCCGGUGCCUCUGCUCCAUUAGGUAAGCGCCUCUCCUUUCCUCUCGAUGGUUGUUUGUCUUGGUUAGUUGUUUGGGGUCGGCGCCUCCCUUGUAUUUGCUUCUUUGGUUCGUUGGUUGGCGCCUUCAUUGUAUUUGUUUCUUUAAUUCGUUGGUAGGCGCCUCUAUUGUUUUUGCAUCUUUGGUUCGUUGUUUUUCAAAGGCGCCUCUCCUCUUUCAUUGGCUCGAAAAAUGAUUGUUUUGGUGUGGGCGCUUUGCCCUAUCGAAGGCGCCUAGGUUUACAAUUUAGCCGAUGUGGUGUUAUCCUUUGGUGAGCCCUUCUCCCCUUUCGUUGAUCCUUUUCGAAUGGACAAUCCUUUUCAACGAUUCCUAGGCGCCCUUGAUACCUUGGUGGAGGACGCCUGUUGGGGAUCUUUCUUUUUUCCGAGGCGCCUCUCCCUCUCCGUUAUUUUUCAAGGCGCCUCUCCCUCUUCUUUUUUCAAGGCGCCUCUCCCACUUCUUUUUUGCCAAUCUUCGGCGCCUUUGAAGCCCUGCGAAUCCUCGGCUCCUUUGAGGCGCCACCCUCCUAUUCUACGCGCUGCUUUUAUUUGUGAAAUCUGUUGUGUUCUUGCUUUGACUCUGUUAUGUUUGUUUCAGACUUCUGUUUAAAGGCGUCAAAGGCGCCUACCCACGUAUAGUCACGGGAGGCGGCAGUGGUUUUCUUCCCGCGCGUUACCGGAUUAGGCGUUGUACACAUUUCUCUUCCAGGAUUCAUUUCGCUGCUCAUCACUCUCUUAUGGCUUCCAAUAAUUCUCAACCUUCUGCCUCUAAGAAAGGAAAGGAGAAGGCUUCUUCAAGCAAAGUCAGGAAAAUGGGUAAGCUAUGCUCUCUCUUUUUGGUUAUCUUUAAUAUCGUGUAUUUGCUGCUUGGGAAUCUUAGCGGAUCAAAACAGUGUAUAGACGGUCCAAGUGGAGACUUGCCGAGAUUGCUAGUGACAUCGAGGAUGAUUAAUCAUAUACCCGUCUGGAGGUGCUUACUGAGGAUGAUACAUCAAGUGCGGACCCCGACCCUGGCACGUCUUGUUCUCGGACGGUUACUGAUUCAGGCUAUACUAUCUUGCCAUGGCGGGGGAUGUGGGGUGGUGAGGCGCCUCCUUCUUCGGCGCGCCUACUAGGUCCUGACAAGCGACCCAUCAUUCAACUGCAUCGCGUUGUUUCUUAUAUCCGCGGCCUGGGUUACCCUACAGACUGGGGAUAUGCGGUUCCGGAUCGUAGUGCUCGCAUCGGGAGUUGCCCCGAGGGUUGGUUUGCGAUUUACUCGGAGUAUCUGAAGUGUGGUUUGAAGUUUCCCUUGGAUCCCAUCUUAUCGGGUAUUUUGGAGAUGGUUGGGUGUCCUCUCAGCUUUCUGUCUCCUUCGCUCAUCUUUCAUACCUGCGCCUUCAGGCUUAUCUACAAGCGCCUAGGCUACAUCCCCUCACUCUCUAUCUUCCGUAGUAUAUAUGCCUUGGAGCGGGGUAAGCAUGGUUGGUCGGCCGUGAAGCGUGAUAGUAAAUAUCAGGGACGGGUUUGCAAGGGAUCGCCUAAGCUCCCUAGUAAAUGGUAUUGCUCUUACUUCUUUGUUAGGCCGACUCCCGGUACUUGGCAUGCACCAACUUCGGCGCCUCUUUCGACUCUGUGGGGUGAGGGUUCGGAAGAAACGUGGGCCAAGGAUUUUACCCUUGAGAAGCCUAAGCGGGAACAGAAGCACCACAUUCUUCGUGCGCCUCCCGUGGAUUUUGGGAGAAAAGGGGAGAGAGCGCGCGCCUUAGGAGAACUUUACGACCAUGAUUUUGACUACUCGAGCCUGGCGAAGAUGGCGAAGAAGACUCCUGGCGCCUCCGGGGUCAGGACGCAGAAGGCGCCUAGCACCCCUGCUGAGCGAACUCCCCGCUCAUCUGGUAAGGCGUUUGCCGACAUCGAGGAGGCGUCUCCUCGAUUGUUUCCUUCCUUGGGGUCCCGCGACCCUCUCCCGGAGAAGACGUUAGGCAAGCGCCCUGCCUCGGCCGCCUCUCCUGCUGUGGUUCCUAAGAAGAAGAACAAACCAAGUCUUGGGAGUAUUGAUGAGAUUUUGGCACCACCUCGUUCGCGACGUGCCGUAAAGCCGAAGGAGCCUGUUCCAAUCUCUCCAUCUGCUGCCCUCAAUGCUCCAAGCGCCUUUACUUCGGCCGUGGAGUUGAAGAAUUUCUUGCAGCAUCCCCUUGACGAGGGUACCUCUCCUGCAGGCUCGGCGUGCCAGCACUUGUUCCAGGCGAUGCUUGAUGUGGUUGCUCUUUCUGACAAGAGUGCGGAGAAUCGAGACCGCGCCCAUAAGAACUUUCUGCAGGCUUCUCAGUUGAAAACUGACAAGAUUACUCUCCAAGGCGUUAACUCUCGUCUGGAGGAUGAGUUGGCAUCGGUGAAGCGGCAGCUUUCGGACGCCUUGGCUGCUGAGAGUGUUUCUGCUCGUGAAGAGAAAGAGAAGGAGAUAGCAUUCCAGGCGAAGCGGAUUGAGGCCUUGGAGAAGGAGCUGUUGGCGAUGUCUGCCGCUAGGGGUCACCAGAAGGAGGAAUUUAAGAAGAGGCUGAUCAAGGAGCGUGAAGAUGCCGUAGACGCCCACCUGUCAUCAGCAGAGUUUCGUGAGUGGCAGCAGAACCUUCUGCUCGGGGUGAAGAAGAGGGCUUUCAUCGGCAUUCGUAAGAAGGUCCGCUCCGAUAAUCCUGGCAUGAAGUGGGAUACUCCGGAGGUCUGGCAGGCUAUGGAUGAUUACUUCAUCUCCCUUGGUACGGAUAACGAGCCUUCCGACUCAGACCCGUACCCCUUGGAUGAGGGUGACUCUUCUGCCGAUGACGUGGAGGUUGACGUCGAGAAGGUUGGGGAAGAGGAAGUGGGUGACAACGUCGAUGCCAAUGCUGGUGCCGGGGAAGGUGGUGAGGAUAUGGUUGCUGUCGAUGGUCAGGGCGGCGCCUCGGAUGGUGGUACCGAUGGUGACUCUAGCUCGUCCGACAAUCACUCAAGCAAGUCGGACUAGUAGAGUCAGGAUGUUUUUUCUUUUCCUUGUUUGUCUGGACUCGGUCCAUUUUAUGUUAUCUUUUGCUUAUUUAUCCCUUGCACAUCUGUGGAUGCUUAGCUUUCGGGUUGUUAUUUUGAACAAUGUUAUCGGCACGUUUUUUGUUUUCUUGGAUUCGUUGUGAAUGUUGUUUUUGUUUCGUCAUGUUCUUUAAAAAGUACCGCGUCUAGGCUUCUCCUCAACGGAGGAAGCAAGCUCUAGGUCUCUUCGCACGCAUUCUUGAGAAAGAAGUAACGUGUCUAGGCUUCUUCUCGACGAAGGAAGCGAGUUUUAGGCUUCACGUAUUCUUGAAAAAGAAAUAACGCGUCUAGACUUCUUCUCGACGAAGGAAGCAAGUUUUAGGUCUCCCAUGCGUAUUCUUGAAAAAGAAGUAACGCGUCUAGGCUUCUCCUCGACGGAGGAAGCGAGUUUUAGGCUUCACGUAUUCUUGAAAAAGAAGUAACGUGUCUAGGCUUCUUCUCGACGAAGGAAGCAAGUUUUAGGUCUCCCAUGCGUAUUCUUUAAAAAGAAGUAACGCGUCUAGGCUUCUCCUCGACGGAGGAAGUGGGUUUGGGUGACCCCUUCUGCCGAGGCAGGAAUUUUUUGCGAGGGAUAUCAGUUUUAUCGCCUCUCAUGGGGACUCGUACAACGAGCGCCCGAUACUUGGAUGAAAACCAAGUGUAAGCAUUGGAGCUCCUCUGACGGUCUGCCGGAAGGCUAUCUUGAGCCGCGUCUGAUUUCUCUUACGUGUACUCCUGAAAAGGAUGUGACACGCUCGGGCUUCUUCUUGACGAAGAAACCGAGUUGGCGAAG